AUGAAAACAGAAGGUAAUUGUGACGUUCUGAACGAGAGCGGAGAACCUCCGUCAGGUUUGAGAAGUCAUCAGCUGUUGGUGGUUAAAGAAGAGGUUCCCCCUGAGCAGCAGGAGUGUAGCUCCAGUGUGGAUCAGCAGGAGCCAGAGCCCCCCCCACACAUUAAAGAGGAACAGGAGGAACUGUGGAGCAGUCAGGAGGGAGAGCAGCUUCAAGGGCUGGAGGAGGCUGAUAUCACCAAGUUCCCAUUCACUCCUGUCCCUGUGAAGAGUGAAGAUGACGAAGAGGAAGCUCAGUCCUCACAGCUUCAUCAACGACAAACUCAACACAUGGAAACAGAAGCUGAUGGAGAGGACUGUGGAGGACCAGAACCAGCCAGGAACUCCCAUCCAUUUUUACAACCAGAGACUGAAGACCAGACUGGAGACUCUUCUGAUCCCGAGACUGAUGACAGUGCUGAUUGGAAGGAGACCAGAGAACCUCAGUCAGUUUUAAACUCUCUGAAACAUGAUUCAGCAUCUUUUACUGAUAGCGGAACCCUGAAGAGACACAUGAGAAUCCACACAGGAGAGAAGCCUUUUAGCUGCUCAGUUUGUAAUAAAUCUUUUACACUGAGUGAACAUUUACAGUCACACAUGAGAACUCACACAGGAGAAAAACCUUUCAGCUGCUCAGUCUGUAAGAAAUCUUUUACACAUAGUGGAAGUUUACGGAUACACAUGAGAAUCCACACAGGAGAGAAGCCUUUUAGCUGCUCUGAAUGUGGUAAAGCUUUCACUGAUAGUGGAACCCUGAAGAAACACACGAUAACUCACACAGAUGUUGAGCAGCUGUUGGUGGUUAAAGAAGAGGUUCCCCCUGAGCAGCAGGAGUGUAGCUCCAGUGUGGACCAGCAGGAGCCAGAGCCCUCCCCAGACGUUAAAGAGGAACAGGAGGAACUGUGGAGCAGUCAGGAGGGAGAGCAGCUUCAAGGGCUGGAGGAGGCUGAUAUCACCAAGUUCCCAUUCACUCCUGUCCCUGUGAAGAGUGAAGAUGAUGAAGAGAAAGCUCAGUCCUCACAGCUUCAUCAGAGACAAACUCAGCACAUGGAAACAGCAGCUGAUGGAGAGGACUCUGAUGGAGAGGACUGUGGAGGACCAGAACCAGUCAGGAACUCACAUCCACUAUUACAACCAGAGACUGAAGACCAGACUGGAGACUCUUCUGAUCCUGAGACUGAAGACAGUGCUGAUUGGAAGGAGACCAGAGAACCUCAGUCAGCUUUAAACUCUCUGAAACAUGAUUCAAGAUGUAAGAAAACAUUCAGCUGCUCUGAGUGUGGGAGGAGAUUUGGGACCAAGCAACAGCUGAAGAGUCACAUGAGAACUCAUACAGGAGAAAAACCUUUCAGCUGCUCUGAGUGUGGGAAAAGAUUUGGCCAGAGGGCAGAUCUGAAGAGACACAUGAUAACUCAUACAGGAGAAAAACCUUUCAGCUGCUCUAAGUGUGGGAAAAGAUUUGGCCACAGGGCAGAUCUGAAGAGACACAUGAUAACUCACACAGGAGAGAAACUUUUCAGCUGCUCAGUCUGUAAGAACUCUUUUACACAUAGUGGAAGUUUAAAAAAACACAUGAGAAUCCACACAGGAGAAAAAUAUUUAAGCUGCUCUGAGUGUGGUAAAGCUUUCAUUGAUAGUGGAAAACUGAAGACACACAUGUUAACUCACACAGGAGAAAAGCCUUUUAGUUGUUCAGUUUGUAAGAAAUCUUUUACACAGAGAGGAAAUUUACGGUCACACAUGAGAAUCCACACAGGAGAAAAACCUUUCAGCUGCUCAGUUUGUAAGAAAUCUUUUACACAUAGUGGAGAUUUACAGAAACACAUGAGAACCCACAGAGGAGAGAAACCUUUCAGCUGCUCUGAGUGUGGUAAAGCUUUCACUGAAAGUGGAACCCUGAAGAUACACAUGUUAACGCACACAGGAGAAAAGCCUUUUAGUUGUUCAGUUUGUAAGAAAUCUUUUACACAGAGAGGAAAUUUACGGUCACACAUGAGAACUCACACAGGAGAAAAACCUUUCAGAUGCUCAGUUUGUAAGAAAUCUUUUACACAAAGUGAUCAUUUACGGUCACACAUUAGCUAUCACACGGGAGAAAGAAGAUUCAGCUGCAGUGUUUGUAACAAAAGAUUUGUGUGGCGUUCUGAUGUCAAAACACAUAAAUGUGUUGGUCAGAUGGAAACAGAAGCUGAUGGAGAGGACUGUGGAGGACCAGAACCAGUCAGGAACUCACAUCCACUUUUACAACCAAAGACUGAAGACCAGACUGGAGACUCUUCUGAACAUGAGACUGGUGACAUGGAAUAACGUUUGUGCCUUCAAGUCCAAGUAAAACUUCUCAAGUAUCAAACAAAAAUCUUGGGCCCAAUAUUUUAUAGGGCCCACACAUAUAUUCACUUCUUUCUAAGAUUCAAGAUUGCAAGAUUCACUAUUAAUCAUGUAUCAAUAUGGGAGUUUAUUCAAUACACAUUGGGUUCAUGUUUUAAUUUUGUGUAUCAUGUUUAAGCACAAUUUAGGCCCAGCAGUCUCUGAGAGGAGACUUUUCUCUCUCUGUGUCAGGGAGACAGGAAGUGCAGGUUGAAAGCUAUCUUUAGUUUAAACAAGGGAGAUGUGAUGGAGGUAGCAUAGGGAAGUUAGCCUAGCAAGGUGUUUCCU